AUGACGUUCGAUAUCUCCAAAGCUCGGGAGCGCUUCCCCGCACUUCAGCAAGAUCAGGUCUUCCUCGACAAUGCCGGCGGCAGUCAGGCAUUGGGUGAUGCGAUUGACUCGAUAGUGCAAUACCUCUCCAAGACCAAUGUUCAGCUCGGCGCUUCAUACCAUACUGGCACCCAGUCGAAUACGAAGUACGAGGAGGGCUACCAGGCAGCUGCAAAGUACAUGAAUGCUGGGCGCGAUGAGAUUGUUCUUGGUGCUUCAACAACCCAGCUCUUUAUGAACCUCGGCUCAUCCCUGCAAUUUCCUUCCGGCUCUGAGAUCAUCCUCUCAAAGAUGGAGCACGAGACUAACGCGAAGCCCUGGCUUUUUAUGGCUGAGCGUCUUGGUUUGACUGUGAAGUGGUGGGCGUCUCCAAAGGAGGAUGGACUCAAACUCACAGCCGAGAAUCUCAAGCCGCUGUUGAGCGACAAAGUGAAGUUCGUAGCGUGCACGCACGUGAGCAACAUUCUGGGGACGAUUCAUGAUGUGAAGUCUAUUGCAGAGGCGGUGCAUGCGGUUGGCGCGCUGUUCUGUGUGGAUGGCGUUAGCUACGCGCCGCAUCGUGCGAUUGAUGUGAAGGAUUUUGGAGUCGAUUUCUACGCAUUCAGUUGGUACAAGGUCUACGGCCCACAUAUCGCGGCCCUCUACGCCAGCAACUCAGCCCAACAGCACAUGAAACCUUUGGCUCACUUCUUUAACCCCACCAAGACCCUCGAAGAUAAGAUCGGGUUCGCAGGCUCAAACUACGAAUGCGUACAAUCUAUUCCAACGGUCACCGCCUACCUCACCGACGCUUUCCCCGCCAUCACCGAGCAUGAGGGAAAGCUGCAGGCUAUUCUUCUCGACUUCCUAAACUCACGACCAGAUGUCACGAUCUUGGGAUCUACUUCGAGGGAUAGCAAAGAAAGAGUACCUACCAUUUCAUUCACGGUCAGGGGCAUGAGCAGCAAGGCGAUCGUGGCUGAGGCGGAGAAGAUCAGUAACUACGGGUUCAGAUGGGGCCAUUUCUACUCAAAGAGGCUUUGCGAUGAGUUGCUGAAACUGGAGCCGGAGGGUGUGACAAGAGUCAGUAUGGUACAUUAUAACACUGAGGAGGAGAUCAAGGGAUUGGUCGAGGUGUUGAAGAAGGUCCUCCCGCAGGUUUAG